GUAGUGAAUGGUAUUUAUUAUGUACUUGGAGAUAUGUCACUGAGUUCUUUUUUUAUUAUUGUAGUUUGAACUGAAUUAAAAAGUAAAGAAGAAGAAAUAAGUAAAGUGUUGCUCUGUGACCCUGUACCCUGCGGACACCACUUGCAUCUCAAAACACAGCAGACCACCGGCAACUGGUUGGUCAUAAGAGACUCCUGAUCAUUGAUGGAAGAAGGGGGUACAGUACAGUACAGUACAGAACAGAGUAUUUAUACUUAUUCUGCAUGAUUCUUACUUAGUGGUAAUAGUGACUUUAGAGAUACGAACAAAUCGAGAUACGAGCGGACCUCCGAGGCAGUCUGUGCGCAUAGGUUGAGGACCCAGAGAUGACGGCGACGACGACGAAGAAGAUGAUCUAAGUGAUUAAUAUUAAUAAAAUUCCAUCUCCGUAUUUUACACGCAACCCCGCUGUCACGACCUGGCUCCGGCGCGCAUGCGCAGUCCGCUCCGCAGCCGGGGGCUCUUUUGUUUAGGCGCAUCUACUUCAGCCGAGUCCUCGUCUGCGAAGUCGGACGGUUUGAAAGAGUCGGCGGAUAUCGAGCUCACUUUGAGGGCGAAUAAACGCAGAAAUCGCCCUGUGGAACGGAGUAUAGCCGCGCCUCAUCUCAGAUCUUUUAAGUCAUGUUUUAGUGUGAUAGGGAGUGGAGACCCCGGCCGGGACCAGUCUUCCUUUGGACCUUUUGCCUCAGUCAGUGCCUGUGUGUACAAACAGAAACAGGACGGAUCAUCUCGCGCCUCUUAAGGUCGUCCUCCUCCUCCUCCGAAUCCGCGCUCGUCUUUUCCCCCCCACUUUUGCUUUUUAUCUUUCUUUGUUGCUCUCGCCAUGCCUCGUCGGGGCUCCUUGUGAGGCCAUGUUGGAGCGACGGGACUGACAGCGGGAGCCUCUGCUGCCCCCACUCCCCCCCCCCCCGGGCUAACAUGAGCAGCGCCGGCGGUGUCUGCAGCGACAGGCAGCCCGUGGGACGCGCGGGCGCGGGGCCCCUCUCGACGUGCCGCCCGCUGAGUGACGGGCGCGAGCGCAGCGCCGCGGGGACGCGCGCCGGGGGAGCCGCGUCCUGACUCCGCCGUCCGUGACUCCUCCUCGCUCCCGGGAGUCCCGCGGCCAUGGAGACCGUGGGCAAGUUCGAGUUCAGCCGGAAGGACCUGAUCGGGCACGGCGCCUUCGCGGUGGUCUUCAAGGGGAGACACAGAGAGAAACACGACUGGGAAGUGGCCGUGAAAUGCAUCAACAAGAAGAACUUGGCCAAGUCCCAGACGCUGCUGGGCAAGGAGAUCAAGAUCCUGAAGGAGCUGAAACAUGAAAACAUCGUUGGGUUGCUCGACUUCCAGGAGAUGGCGAGCUGUGUGUACCUGGUCAUGGAGUACUGCAAUGGCGGAGACCUGGCCGACUAUCUCCACUCCAAGGGCACCCUGAGCGAGGACACCAUACGGCUCUUCCUGCAGCAGAUUGCAGGUGCCAUGAGGGUCCUGCAGGCCAAGGGCAUCAUCCACCGGGAUCUGAAGCCCCAGAACAUACUGCUGUCCUACUCGGGGGGCCGCAAGUCCAACCCCAACAACACCCGCAUCAAGAUCGCGGACUUUGGCUUUGCACGCUACCUUCAGAACAACAUGAUGGCGGCGACACUCUGCGGCUCUCCUAUGUACAUGGCCCCCGAGGUGAUCAUGUCCCAGAACUACGAUGCUAAAGCUGACCUGUGGAGCAUAGGAACCAUCGUGUACCAGUGUCUGAUGGGCAAAGCCCCUUUCCAGGCCAGCAGCCCUCAGGACCUCCGGCUCUUCUAUGAGAAGAACAAGAACCUCAGUCCCAACAUCCCCCGGGAGACGUCUGCCCCUCUCAGACACCUGCUCCAGGGCCUGCUGCAGCGCAACCACAAGGACCGCAUGGACUUCGAGGAGUUCUUCAGGCAUCCCUUCCUGGAGGCCGGUUCAUCCAUGAAGAAGUCUGUCCCCAUGCCAAUGCCCUCGUACCCCAGCUCUGCAUCGGCCAGCUCCUGCAGCAGCUCCUCCACCUCUCACUUGGCCUCCCCUCCGCAGUCCGUGGCUGAGAUGCAGCAGCUCCGGCACAAGACACUCGCCUCCCCUACCCAGGAUGCACCUGGCUUCCUGUUGAAGGACUCUGAAGGCAACAGCAGCAGCAAAAACUCCUCCUGCGACAUUGACGACUUUGUGAUGGUUCCCGCCCAGCUGCCCAGUGAGGUCACUAGCGAUGGCCCGGCAGGGAAAGCCAUACAAGACAGCCUGAUGUACAGCGGGAGCUCAUUGCUGAUCUCUGCUGGUGCACCAGUGACACUCGCCAAGGGGUCAUCCCCCUCGCCCUCCUUCAGCAGCUCUCCAGGCCCCCCAGGGAGUCGGCUGGCAGAGUUCCCCAGCAGCUACGACCAGUCGGUGCCCGUCCCUGUGCCCACGCAGGUGCACAACUACCAUCGCAUGGAGCAGAACCUUCUGGAGCCCGGCGCACACGGCUCACCCCGGGCUGCGUCCCUCACCCACCGCCGGUGCUGCAGCGGCUCCCUGGCCUUCGGGAGGACCGGAACCUCACCCCCUUUCCCGGGAGACCCGGGACCCGUGGCGGGCGCUCGACGCCUGUCCCUGGGCGGGUCCAGACCCUACCAGCCGUCCCUUCAAGUGGGCACCAUCCCGGAGAUGCCAGGGCAGCUGUGUCACAUAGGGGUGGACCUGGGGCGGCCCAUGCAGGGCACUGCUCUGCCCGGCCAGGAGCUCUACCCGUCGCAGCAGGGGCUCGGCUCCCGGCUCCACAGCGCCCCCUGCCUGCUCGAGGCCACCCACGGCUGCCGGCAGAAGAUUCGCAAGCAAAAUUCGGACCCACUGGUACAGCGGUGCUGUGGCCAGGCGCAGUACUCCUCUCCAAAACUGAGCGAGCUUAUUCAGCGCAGCCCCCUGCCCACAAUUUUGGGCUCCCCAACCAAGACCAUGCCUCCCUUUGAGUUCCCUAAGCCCCCCAGUUCUCAGAACCUGGUCACCUUGCUGACCCAGCAGUGCCUGGUCCUCACACCAACCCGUAACCGGACCGUCCCGGACCUGAAGGAUCUGGGUCCAGGUGCUGCGGCCUGCGGGGCAGAGGGUAGUCAGGGCGCAUUCGGCAGGUCCCUGAGCGCCGGGCGACUCUCGGACAUCCUGCUGAAAGCCGCCUUUGGCACGCAGCUGCUGGAUGGAGGGAGCAACGAGAACUUGACGGGAGACAAGCUCAUGGACACAGCUGCUCCCCUUAGUGGUGCUUUGGCUGCUGGCUCAGGAAGUCCCGCACCGGUGGUCUUCACAGUGGGAUCUCCACCCAGCGGGUGCACCCCGCCGCAGACCCAGCGCACCAGGAUGUUCUCAGUGGGUUCCUCCAGCUCUAUCAGCUCUGCCGGAUCCUUCUCUGGCCGUCAGACCCUGGCAGGUGUCUACAUGGAUGGCUGCGAGGGCCCCCCCAGCCCCCGAUUCGGCUUCACCGACGCAGUGACAGCCAACCUGGAGGGCGCCGUAACCUUCGAGGCCCCGGAGCUGCCGGAGGAGACACUGAUGGAGCAGGAGCACACAGAGACCCUGCACAGCCUGCGCUUCACACUGGCCUUCGUCCUCUGUGUCAUGGAGAUGGCCGGUGCCAAGGGUAGCGGCCUGGAGGUGAGCGUGACCCCAGACGCCGCCACCGCCCCCGACACCUCCUUCCUGCAGCCCCAGCAGAGCCUCGUGGCCGACCAGAUCAGCCAGCUGAGCCGCGAGUGGAGCUACGCAGAGCAGCUCGUUCUCUACAUGAAGAUGGCGGAGCUGCUGUCAUCGGCGCUCCAGAACGCCAUGGAUGCCAUCAGGCAGGGAAAACUGUUCCCAUCCUCCACCGUCAAGCAAGUGGUGAAAAAGCUGAACGAGCUGUACAAAUCCAGCGUGUCGUUCUGCCGUGGCCUCAGUGUGCGUCUGCAGCGCUUCUUCGUGCACAAACAGCGCCUCAUGGACCGCAUAAACAGCAUCACGGCUGAGAAGCUCAUCUACAGCCACACCGUGCAGAUGGUGCAGUCUGCAGCUCUGGAUGAAAUGUUCCACCAUGGGGCGUCUUCUGUCCAGCGCUACCAUAAGGCCUUGCUGUUGAUGGAGGGAUUGUCCCACAUGGUGGCCGACCAGGAUGACAUCCAUAACCUCAGCAAGUGUAAACUGUGUAUUGAGCGGCGGCUCUCAGCCCUGAAGUCGGGGCUGUGCGCGUGAGGAGCGAGGACCACCGCUGCAGCCCAGUCCUACUGCUGCCCGUCCCCCAGCCCUGCCCCGUAACACUCAUGUAACCCCAGCUUCUUUUGAGUGUCUCUACCCCUUUACCCCACUGCUGUGGCUCAAAUGACUCCGCCCCUCCGAAGAGCUUUCCUGUCCUGACACGGGUUUGGACCAAGCUUUCAGGGACACAGGGCGGUGUAACUGUGUCCCCCGCCGAUGGGAACUGGUUUGUCGUGAGUGGAAAACCAAACAGCCGGUGCUCCAAGAGGGAAAACCCAAAUCGGUUUGUGUGGAGCCAUCUUGGAGACUAGAAGGGACCUGCGUAUCACAAGGGGGUUGAUGGAAGGUCAGUGUGACUCGUUGACAUGGAACUGGCCCCAUUUUAGAGUGGAAACUGUCCUUGCUGGGCUAUAGUGGGUCCCCUGGUGUUCCCAGGAUACAUUUUGCUUUUUUCUAUUUAUUUUUGUACCCUUUUCUUUAAUCUGACUGAAGUCGAGAUGUGCUUCUUCAGACUGAGAAGGUGACCAGGACUAGCUCUCGCACUAGAUCACGGAGAACGUCUACAGUGACACUGGCAUCAAGGUUUCGAAGAGCCAAUAGUGUUGAAUACAGACCAUCUGGGAGGCGGGGUUAAGAAGGGGUGGAGUCAAAGAAUCGUGUUUGUAGACCAAAGUAUUGUUUCAGCGUCUUGGCUGAGAGCACCACACGACAAUGUGCGUUUCUCCAUGCGUCGUCUUCACUUCGUUUCUUUGCACUCAGCCGGUCACGGCAGUUCAUGGUCUCGCCGAGGACGCAGCAGCGAGAGGGUUCGGCAACUCGUUCGGAAAUUCUCCAUCUGCUCCCCCUUUCACCUGCACGGAAAACAGCCAAUCGGAACACGCGAACGUGAGAAGAUUUGCACGCAUCCAAUGAGCUCUUCUCCGCACGCUCUCGUCCCGUUACAACAGGCCGUCUUUGGCCGCCAUGACAACAAGGGACGUUACGACACCUUUCAGCUCAUUAGCGACGAUCACGAUUUUUGCAGUAAGUGGCCUGAAUGUAGCAGAUGGCCGAGGUGUGGAAUUUCCAUCUCGUGACGUCAAAGCUGCAAACAGAACGAAAGAGGCCUUUAUUUUUUUUUUCUUUGUUUUCCUUACUCCAGAUGCGGGACAUUGGAACGGAGGAGCACUUUAAUCCUUUUUGAACUUGCGGAAACAUCAAAUUUUACUUUCCUGCAUUUCGGUUUUUAUGUAUCUUUUAAUUAGCUGAGUGAAAGGCAUUUACUUCAGAAUGGGAAAAUUAGGAGGAGCGGGUUGGAAGUAGAAAGGGUCAGGUCAGGGUGAUGACCCAAACUGAUAUUUGCUCUGUCCACACCCACCUGGAGCCAAGGGACGCAAGGAAGCGGCCUGAGGACAAUCCUAUGCAGCCUACAAUCAUCUGAAAUAUAUAAUUCCAUUGUUGUUAUUGUUUAACUUAUGAGAUUCUCAAGCUGUCCAGAGAUGCUGCCUUUGCUCGAUAUGAAGGAGGGAGCUGCGAGCACUGCAGAUGGGAGGUUGUACUGAAAGGUGGAGGCUGCGGGGGUGUUGUGGCUGUGUGGGCAAGGAAUGGCGUUGGCUCCGCUAACUCAGGAAGUGUCUACGGAGGCUCAACUCCACCGUCGUCUGCUGGAAUGGCCCAUAUCCUUCCACUGCCCUUUCCCACCCUCCCUGACUAUGUGAGCUCUCCUUCCACUUGAACACUAUGUAGAAAUGAGCGGGUCUUGCUCCUGUGCCCCUGACCGCGGCGUCGCCUGGACUGCGCCCACAGGACAGCGGGGCUCUGGGACUGCCCGAGCCACCAGGGAUGCUGGGUGGCAGCGUGCGUGCUUCGUUUCAGAUGCUGCACGGCUGCUGGUGAACGGACUAACGAACCUAUAAUGUACUGUAUGUGGAUGGAUCGAAGACACAGGUAUGCUGAGAUGUGGGCAUGUUCUAUGUGCCAUUUUCAUUUUUUCCCGUAUACUCAUUCUACACAUUUCCUUUUCUUUCACUUGUUUUCUCGGGGUGUGUUUUACUUGUGUUUUGGCUGGAUGAUGAUUGACCUGUAAGUUAUGGUUUGCAUUGAUGUGUUUUGUAUGUACCUGGACAGAUGUGUAUAAGCUAUAAGAAAAAAAGAAACUUAAAAAAAAGGCACCUUUUGAAAGUCAUUAAAUUUCUACACAGUUUAAGAAGUUAGGUUGAUAGUGUGUUUGUACUUACGUGUGUUAUUUUAGUUUUUAUUUCUGCCCACGCUGAGUUGAAGUAGCCAACCUCAGAUGGGUGUUUUUGUGCAGUUUCUGUAUGAGUGGAUAACAUAAAAAUGAGUGGUUUUUACUGUGAGCCAAACUUGUACCUGGGGUAACGUUAGUGUGUCUUCACAUGAGGGCGGCACGCUGACGCAGCGAGGCGAACCUGGAUACAAGUGUCGCAGGUGGACAGAAGCCAAACUGGUGGGUGGGCAGACACCGUUUUGCACAGGGAGGUUUGCGUGCAGUUGAGCGAGGGCGGCGACAGCGGGACAAAUCCACUUGGAGAAGCUGCUGCUCUUCAUCUCGUUGGCCCGGGCGCCAGUAGGAGGCGCCAGCUUUGUGCUCCCCGCCCCGUUAGCCUGAGCCUUCCUGCGGCUGUGUGUAAAUGAAUGUAUACAAUGUGCAUCCACAUACUCUUCCAUAAAGAAUUUCACCAAAAGCAAUGUAUAUACUUUCAUAAUACUUGAACACUUUGCUGACAGGCUUCUGAAUAUAAACCAUUUAUUUUGUGGUCGUUCAGUGUCACUUUUUACCGUAAUUUUGCAGAAUUACAGCAUCUGUAAAUGGGUAUUUAUUGGAUUAUGGAUAACGUAUUUAGGACCGCUUCAGGCAUUUUUCCGUCACCCCCAAGAAAUCCAUUUCCGUAUAUAUUCUGCAACGAUUUCUUUGUUGUUGAUCUCUUGUAACAUAUUACUGAUAAAACUAUAAGAAAUUAAAAAAAAAAAAAAAUCUGUUGUAAGAUUGGUUUGAAUGUGCAACACAAAUAAAGAGUUUUAAAUGCC